AUGACACUCUAUUACAGUCUUGUCUUUGUGCUCCUUGUAGCAGAGAUGGCACUUUUCAUGCUUCUCAUCGUUCCUCUGCCUUUCACCAUCCGCAGAAAGAUGUUUACUUUCAUAAGCGAAAGUCGACUGGUAGCAAAAUUACAGUACGGGAUGAAGAUUACGUUCAUCUUCAUCCUGAUUCUGUUCCUCGACAGUGUGAACAGAGUAUAUCGGGUUCAAGUCGAGUUAGCAGAGGCCAACAAAAAUCAAGCUGGUAACCCUGUCCUUGGUCAUGAACGCAUGGAAGUACAAGCCCGUAAAUUCUAUUCUCAACGUAACAUGUACCUCUGUGGUUUCACGCUUUUCCUCUCCUUGAUCCUCAACCGAACCUACACCAUGAUCCUCGAAGUUCUCCGCUUGGAAGAGAAGGUUAACCGUUACGAAGGUACCGGCAAGACCGGCGGAAAGGAUUCUGAAAAAUUGGACCGUGCCGGAAAUGCUGGAGAAAUUGGCAAGCUUAAGAACUUGUUGGCCCAAAAGGAGAGAGAUAUUGAGACCCUCAAGGAACAAUCGGCCAGAAACAAGCAGUUCUCUGAUGACAUUCUUGAUAAGGCUCAAGCUGGUGAACCAUCUGCUGGUAGCAGAAAAGAGAAAUAAAUUGGUUUCUUGAUAUGCCGGGCGCUUUGGCGAACUACAUCGACGAAUCAAUACUAGGGAAUGGAUGAAUGGAAAGAAUGAAUAUGGUGGUGCCGGAGUGGACAAUCUGGGGACGGAGCAGGGCAGGGAGUGAGGAUGAAGCGUGUCUUUUUUGAUGGUUCAUGACGGGAAAAGUUGGCUUUCAUGAGUUUUAGUGGCGUAUCCAUGAAAAAGGAAAAUACAAAUAUGGUAUGAAUUAACACGAUUGUUGAACAUGAUAUGUGUUGGGCUCUAAAUUUGGGCCUGAUCAGAGAAACAGACUCGAAUGCUAAACACUGUUACUCUAAAAUUCCUGUUCUGAUUGCCCUUCUCGUUUUUCUUUAACUCCUUUGUGAUUUGCUCACUUGCGUCGUUGAUACACCUCGCUCCGUCAAGGAACACGCCCAUGAGAUUGACGUUAUGCAUGUAGAUGAAAAUCCAUCCAAGCAGUCAC